AUUUAAUGUAAGUACCCUAAAGCUACAUUCAAAUAAACUCCAUAAUAGUUGUUAUAUUUAUACUUUCAGGAGUUAAAUUAUAAUUAAUCUUGGAUUAUCCUUUACACAUUUAAUACAUUUUAUAAUCCCAUAAUGGAAGAAAUGUCGAUAUCGAAGAAGAAUCGAGACACCAAGAUGGAUUUCUUAUAUAUAUCAUGUUGAUUCUCAUGACAUCUUCAAUGCUUAUUGUCAGAAUUCAGCCACCGAUUACGGUCUCACCAAGCCGAUUGUGGUCGGGGAAUUCUGGGAGAAGGAUGGCGGUGGCAUGAAGAUCGAGGACAUGUUCAGAUACGUCUACGACAACGGGUUCGCCGGUGCGUGGAGCUGGGAUCUGUUGGGCUACCCGGGAGAGUUCACUGGGAUCGCUGGGAUCCGUGACCUCAAAACCAACGGAGAAAUUCCUGUGACGAUCGAAUGAGAUGGACUUGUCAUUUCUUCACGUCCUGCGUAAACAUGUUUUUUUAAAAAUACAGGCAAUUAAGACUGUCAUUUAAAACACGAUGUAAGACAGCCAUCCGUUGAUACAUUUUCUCUGGUGAUAUUCUUUCCUCUGAUCUUUGUGUCAAGUAAACUUUAUCACAUUAUGUAAAUAUAUAUAUUUUUUUUUGAAAAUAGAUAAUUAUUUUGUUCCCUUUUGUCAAGGUGUUGAUACAUUUUCUCUGGUGAUAUUCUUUCCUCUGAUCUUUGUGUCAAGUAAACUUUAUCACAUUAUGUAAAUAUAUAUAUUUUUUUUGAAAAUAGAUCAUUAUUUUGUUCCCUUUUGUCAAGGUGUUAGAAUCCUUGAGCGUCUGUUUUGUGCCAGGCGUUCUAACUAUAGGCGUAAGGAUACAAAGGCAAAGCGGGUAGUACGGCAGUGUGUGCAGGUGGGCUGUUGGUCAGUAGAGCUGGGAGAGCGAGUGGGGUAGGACGAUGACAGUGUCAGAGUUGGUGUUAUUGUUAGUUGGUGUUUGUAGUAGUGGUAGUAAAUAGUGUUGUGAUCCAUGUAG